AAAAUCAGUUUUUCGUCAUCAUUAAUUUAAUUUUUAAAUUAAUAAUGAAAUUGAUGUGUGGUUUUGCAAGUUGUAUAUAAUGGCAAUAUAUUAAGCUGAAAACCUAACGUAGUGAAAUUCGAAUCAAUGACGCUUCAACUUUGCUCCUAUAGGACCUAUUAUUGUCUAAUACAUUAUAGACAGUGACUGCUUCUGGAGAAAUGUUGAAGUUCACAUCAAAAGAAAUUGAAAUGGCUGCCGAUACUCUACGUGUUUUAAGGAAAAGAUCAUUAGAAGAAUAUGAUGACGAUUAUAAACCUUUGUCAAAACGAAUGCACAGUAUGUACUUGAAAGAUGGUCCACUUGCUGGCGAAAACCAUUUGGCAGUCACAAAUGCCUAUGGUAAUGCAUCUACAUCAACACAAUAUAGCCAGCAAACGGCCACUGAUUAUAGUCAUCCAGAUGUAAAUAAUCAACAAAACAAUAGAGUUGAAGAACCGGAAAAUUUACAAUAUGAUCCAGAUCUGACUUCUGAUCAAAAUCCUUACUAUUACGAAAGCAACAGAUUAUUAUUUGACCUUCAUGUUGAAAGGGUUCAUCGUCAUGGUCAAUAAUAAUUUAAAUUUAAAUAUUACAUAAUAAAUAUUUAUUUUCCCCUAAAAUUAAAAUAUUUACCAACUAUAGUCCCUCGUGGUAUAACAUCAUAUUAUAUCUUUAACUUAGUGUUCAUCUCUUUAUGUUAAUUUUUUAUCAACUAGUAAUGAAAAUGUUAUAUUUAUAAGAAUAUGUUGACAUCAUGUUUCCUAUUUUAGCCAUUUGUAGGCAUAAAAAUAAACAUUUUAGCUUUAAGUAACCACAGAUGGAUUAUUUUGUUAAGAAUAUUAUUUAAAUUUUUAAUUAUGAAAUAACUUUAGAUAUUUAAGUAAAUUUAAUUACAGCAAUUUACUUAGAAACUAAGUUAACUACAAUUUAUUUUGUUUAUUUUAAAUAUUAAUUUAUUUCAGGGGCCAAUUCAAAAUAAUUUAUGUCAUUGUUGUGUGAUUCAUUAAUAUUAAGUUAGUAUUUGCUUAUUUUUGUUGCUCAUUUUUACUUGUAUUUAGCUAUUAUAAUAUAUUUUGUGUGUGUGUGUGUGUGUGUGUGUGUGUGUGUGUGUGUGUGUGU